AUGGCGAUCUGCUCUCCCCUGCAUAAGCUGCCUUUACAGAGACUUGCCUCGAGCUCCACGUCUUCCAGGGGCAAAAUUUACCUCGGCCGGUACCGCAUACUGGCUCCCGGCUCUCGGGUGGAUGAAGAUCUGUUUGAGAACCAGAAAUCGUUUGACAAACGGGUAAAAUCAGCAGGUGUAGCAAAGGAUUGUUCAUGGAAGAACAAGGAGGGAGAGACUCUUCAAAUCAUCACCAAAGACCUCAUCCGAAAUCUGCGGAUCCCCCAGAGAGAUCCUUCAAGAGAGUCCGUCUUACUUCCACCAGCUGAGUUUAAGAGGCUCACCUCAACAUCCUGGCUGCUCCUCAAGGAGGACAGAGAGGCCCUGAGGCAGGCUUACCAGACGAAGAAAGAAGAGGAACUUAAAGCUGCAGAGGAAAGAAAGCAUAGGAUCCAUGAGGCAGACCUGUCCCGUAAGCAGAACCAGCCACUGACUGAGCUGGAGAUUGAAGCCCGGGAACGUGCACAGCGCCUGGUGGAGCGGAGUAAUGCUUUAAGGAUGGAACAGGAAGAUGAGAUCAAACAGCUCAACCAGCUGAUUUUAGGUGCUCAGUGCCAAGCAAAACGUGACUACCAGAUCCAGGAGAAGAAGCAGAUCCAGAUGGAGUUGACAGAGGAGGAAAGGCGUCUGGACAACAUGAUGGAGGUGGAGCGCCGCAAGGCUCUGGAGACUCUGGACAAGAUUGAAGAGCUACGCAGGCAGCAGAGAGUCAAGGGAAGGCAGGAAAUUUACGAUCAGAUCCAGAAACGCCUGGAGAACCAAGAAUUGGAGGAAGGCAAGAAAGAGAAAGCGAGUCAGCAGACACGAGAGGACCAGGAGAGAAUGAACCUGGAGGAUCUCGAGGUGCUGGAGAAGAAGAGGAUGGAGCAACAGCUUCUGCAGGAGGAGAUCAAGCGCAUCAACGCAGAGACCAUGCGGGCAAAGGAGCGGAGGAUAGAGGAGGAGAAGCUGGCUGACAUGAGAGUGAAGGAGUAUCUCCUAAAAAAGCAGGAGCAGCAGGCAGAAUACGAAGCAGAGCAAAGUCGAAUCAAGAAGGAGAAAGAAUUGGAGAUUGCUCGAUUGAGGGCCCAGCAAGAAAAAGAAAAAGACUACAAGGCUGAGCAGGAUGAGCUCCGUGCUCGCAGGAACCAGGACGCUGCAGAGAGAGAGUGGAGGAGAAAAGAGAGGGAGCGGGCUGCAAAGAAAGCGCAGCUGGAGGCGACGCUGAGGGCCGCUCACAUGGAGCAGGUUCACUACAAAGUGCGCAAUCUGUCAGUGGAGGCGAGUCGGGAGAAGGCAGAGUUUGAGAGGCUGCUAAAAGUGCAGCAGGAAGAGAUGGUCAAAGAGCAAGUACAAAACGACAGGCAGCAUCACAAAGUGCAGCAGCACGCGCAGGCCAUCCGCCAGCAGAUGAAGGAACGAGAGAUCUUAGCCACAGCUAAGCGCAAAGAGACCUUCAAGGAGGCCGAACGGUUGAUGGAGGAAACCCGGCAGAGACGUCUGCGCCUUGAUGAGCUCAAACAGAAGAAGCUUCAGGAGCUCAAGGCUACAGGACUCUGUGAAAAGUACUGCAAUCAGGUGGAAAGAAAGGUCCAGACCGUGAGGAGCUGAUCAUCUGACUACUGGAUUCAAACGAGAACAAGCAACAAGUUCUCAUCUGGUCCCACCAUUGUAUUUACAGUCUAAUUUAACAUGUUUCGAUCACAAA